CACACACACACACACACACACACACAUACAUACGUGAGAGCACCCACACGGCAUUUACCCACACUCGCGCUCGCGUCUUUCCCGUCCACGGCUAGCCCACUCUCCACGGCCUCAAGAUGAUGUGCGAGGUGAUGCCCACCAUCUCGGAGGAUGGCAGGGCCGGAGGGGGCGGUCCGUCCUCGCCCGCCGGCGGAGGCGGCGGGAUGGGCGGCGGCAUGGGCGGCAUGGGGGGCGGCUACGGAGGCCGCGACGGGCGCAGCGACGAGGGCGGCAGCACGGGCAACCUGGAGUCGCUGAUGGUCAACAUGCUGGCCGAGCGCGAGCGGCUGCUGGAGAACCUGCGGGAGACCCAGGACAGCUUGGGCACGGCCCAGCUGAGGCUACGCGAACUGGGCCACGAGAAGGACUCGCUGCAGCGCCAACUCUCCAUCGCUUUGCCACAGGAGUUUGCGGUGCUGACCAAAGAGCUGAACGGCUGCCGUGAGCAACUUCUGGAGAGAGAAGAGGAGAUAGCAGAGCUCAAAGCUGAGAGAAACAACACUCGACUUCUGCUGGAGCAUCUGGAGUGUCUGGUGUCCCGUCACGAGCGCUCUCUCAGGAUGACGGUGGUGAAGAGGCAGGCCCAGUCCCCGGCCGGCGUGUCCAGCGAGGUGGAGGUCCUCAAGGCCCUCAAGUCUCUGUUCGAGCACCACAAAGCCCUGGAUGAGAAGGUGCGAGAGAGGCUACGCGUGGCUCUGGAGAGGGUGUCGGUGCUGGAGGAGGAACUCGAGUCUUCCACGCAAGAGGUGAUUUCUCUACGAGAACAGAUUAAAAGACGACAGCAGGGCAUGGAUAAUGGGAAGGAGCGGCUGCCAAAUGGACCCUCUAUCUUGGACGACGGCGAGAUCGACAGACAGAGGGAGGGAGAGAUCGAACGGCAGAGGGCAGAGCUGGCCCAGCUGAAAGAGAGACUGGCACUCAUGUGCAGACAGGUGGGAGAAGUGGAGGAGCAACUUGCCGCUGCCAGACGGGAGGUGACCAAGUCAGAAGAAGCCAAUCAGAAGCUCCAAAGGGAUGUGAAAGAGGCCCUUUGCCAGAGAGAGGACAUGGAGGAGAGGAUAACUACCUUAGAACGCAGGUACCUCAGUGCCCAGAGGGAGGCGACGUCCCUCCACGACAUCAAAGACAAGCUGGAGAACGAGCUGGCCAGCAAAGAGUCCCUCUACAGACAGAGCGAGGAGAAGAACCGGCAGCUGCAGGAGCGGCUGGACGACGCCAAGCAGAAGCUGCAGCAGACCCUGCAGCGCGCCGAGACCCUGCCAGAGAUCGAGGCCCAGCUCGCCCAGAGAGUAGCAGCACUCAACAAGGCGGAAGAGCGCCAUGGCAACUUUGAGGAGCGCCUGCGACAGUUGGAGGCACAACUGGAGGAGAAGAACCAGGAGUUACAGAGAGCGAGACAGAGGGAGAAGAUGAACGACGAACACAACAAGCGUCUCUCGGACACCGUGGACAAGCUGCUGUCCGAGUCCAACGAGAGACUCCAACUUCACCUCAAGGAGAGGAUGGCUGCUCUGGAGGAAAAGAAUGCCCUGUCUGAGGAACUGGCCAACAUGAAGAAGAUCCAAGAUGAUCUCCUCGCAAACAAGGACCAGCUUAUUGCAGAGUUGGAGAGAAUUCAGUUGGAGCUGGACCAAUUGCGAGGAAGACCUGGCUCCGCCUACUCCCGAUCGCUCAGGUCUCUUCCAGGAAGCGCUCUGGAACUGAGGUACUCCCAAGGGGGCGGCUCCCUCCCGGCCGGCUCCACUGCCCACCUGGAUCACUAUGGCAACACAGGCACAGGGAGCGUGGUCAGGCGGACUCAUCGUGGCCGAUGGGGUCCGGCACGAGAGGAGACCAGCAAGUACGGCGACUGGGACAGCGGCCCGUUGCUGGGCCCCGGCUUCGAGGGCGGCGACGACGGCGGCUCGGACGACGACGACCGCGAGACGCUCUUCGGCUCAGAGCUGCUCUCGCCCAGCGGCCAGACGGACGUGCAGACCCUGGCCAUCAUGCUGCAGGAGCAGCUGGAGGCCAUUAACAAGGAGAUCAAGUUGAUCCAGGAGGAGAAGGAGAAUACGGAGUUGCGGGCGGAGGAGAUCGAGAGCCGCGUGAGUAGUGUGGCGCUGGACGGGCCCCCGGUGCCCCCGUCCUCUCUGGGCCGCGACGCCAGCGGGCGCGGCUUCAUCCCGCCGUCCCUCACCUCCUCCACCCUGGCCUCACCCUCCCCGCCCAGCUCCGGGCACUCCACCCCCCGCCUGCCCCACUCGCCCGCCCGCGAGACCUCCUCAGAGAGACAGAACAACCAAGGCGAUGACCGGUCCCUGGCCCUGCUGGACUCCACCCCUCCACCCACCCCGCGUGCUAGUCUGCGCCUGGACCGGAUGACCCACACCCAUCCGGGCGCAUUGCUGGACGACAGUCGCGAGUUCCGCAGUCUCUCUGCCGAUGGCUCCAGCUCGAACAGCAGUCAGGACUCGCUGCACAAAUCCAGCAAAAAGAAGAGCAUCAAGUCUUCCAUCGGCCGCCUCUUUGGGAAGAAGGAGAAGGGCAGGAUGGGACAGCCGGGGCGGGAAUCGGCAUCUCUGGCAUCCACACCCUCAGAUGACCUUGGCACAGUGGACCCUCUGGGGCUGGCCAAGAUGACAGGGACCGUGGAGAAAGGCCGGCGCAGCAAGAAGAAGCAUGAGCUGCUGGAGGAGGCUUGUCGUCAGGGCCUGCCCUUUGCGUCCUGGGAUGGCCCCACUGUGGUCUCCUGGCUGGAGUUGUGGGUGGGCAUGCCGGCGUGGUACGUGGCGGCAUGCCGUGCCAACGUGAAGAGCGGGGCCAUCAUGGCCAACCUGUCGGACACGGAGAUCCAGCGGGAGAUUGGCAUCAGCAACCCGCUGCACCGCCUCAAGCUGCGGCUGGCCAUCCAGGAGAUGGUGUCCCUCACCAGCCCCUCAGCCCCCGCCAGCACACGCUCCUCAACCAGUAACGUGUGGAUGACUCACGCCGAGAUGGAGUCUCUGACUGCCGCCACCAAACCAGAGCUGAAAGAGAUCAGCUGGGAUCAGAUCUUGGCCUAUGGCGACAUGAACCACGAGUGGGUGGGCAACGACUGGCUGCCCAGCCUGGGCCUGCCCCAGUACCGCAGCUACUUCAUGGAGUCUCUGGUGGACGCCCGCAUGCUCGACCACCUCACCAAGAAGGAGCUGAGGGGCCAGCUCAAGAUGGUGGACAGCUUUCAUAGGGUCAGCCUGCACUACGGCAUCAUGUGCCUGAAGCGCUUGAACUACGACCGCAAAGAGCUGGAGAGGAGGAGAGAUGAGAGUCAGCACCAGAACAAAGAUGUGAUGGUGUGGUCCAACGAGCGCGUGAUGUGCUGGGUCCAGAGCAUCGGGCUGAAGGAGUACGCCGACAACCUGACGGAGAGCGGCGUGCACGGAGCCCUGCUGGCCCUGGACGACACUUUCGACUACACCGACCUGGCCCUGCUGCUCCAGAUACCCAAUCAGAACACCCAGGCACGACAACUUCUGGAGAAGGAGUAUAACUCACUCAUCACCAUGGGAACGGAGAGGAGACCAGAUGAGGAUGGCACAAAGACAUUCACACGCUCGCCGUCGUGGAGGAAGAUGUUCCGGGAGAAGGACCUGCGCGGCGUGACCUCGGACUCCUCGGAGACGCUGCCCGCCAACUUCCGUGCCUCGGCCAUCUCCACGCCCUCGGUGACCCUGCGGAAGGUCCAGAGCGAGGUCAACUCUGGCCCCAGGGGCGAGUCUGGCUCCGUGAGGACAUACUCUUGCUGAGAGGCAGGAAGGUGUCGCUGUUGCCACGGACCCCCACAGGAGUCUGCUUACAUUCAUUCAUGGAAUUCACAAAAAAAUUACAACAAAAAGCAGAGAAGCAAUGAGUCUAUUUAUAAAUAUCAAAUCUAUCGGUCUGACCAUUCUGCAAUAACAGGACAAGAGAAUGAAGAGGGAGAAAGAGAUGGAGCAAUGGGGAAGAUAUGAAAAAAAAUAACGUCAGAGAAAAAAAGGAUACAGAUGGAUACAGAAGACGUGAAGAAUGUAUAAAUAUAUAUAUACAUUGAGCGAACAAGAGAAGAGUGUGUGAUUGAACUUGGAAUGGUAGGAGGGAGACAAAAAAAAACGACUGUUUUAUCUUUCUCUCUAUUGUUCUUUUGUCACAAUCUGUGUUUGUGCUGAUGAUGACCUCGAGUGGCGUCCAUUGUGACUCAACCUUGUUUCUCUCUUUUCUUUUUUUUCCCGUUUCUAUGGUGCCGCCAUAGUUCUCGUUUGUUUAUGAUUCUUGCGUUGAAGCUCCAUCAGAGUGCUGCAAUAAGAGUGCAUCCCCACUCCACCCCCCUA